AUGGCAGCUUCGCAAUCAGGACUUGAGUUGCCAUCCUCUGCAGAGACAGUCUCGGUUUCUCUCAUUGACACUGGUGCACGUCUGGAUCUUCCCGCAGAGCAGUUCAUGACCCCCAAGAUUCCAGGCUAUGACCGACUGGCGGUGCCAUCAUAUUCUUUUCUGAUCACUCACCCCUCCGGGGAGAGACUAUUGUUCGAUCUCUCUCUUCGAAAGGACUUUCAGAACCUCGCUCCGCCAUUUAGAGAAAUCUGCACGGACCCAGAAAGUGGAUGGACAGUCUACUCUCCCCGCAGUGUCUCUGACCUUCUCGUCGAAAAUGGCAUCCCAUUGCAGGAAAUAAAUGCUAUAAUUUGGUCUCAUUACCAUUUUGACCAUAUUGGUGACCCUUCAUUAUUUCCCAGCACUACAGACUUGGUCGUGGGGCCGACCUUCAUCAGCAGAUUUGCACCAGGGUACCCAGAAAAGCCAGAUGCGCCAGUCAGAUCAUCCGACUGGAGAGGACGGUCUCUGCGGGAGAUGGACUUUGACCAACACCCGGGGAAGGUUACGAUUGGGAGAUUCAAAGCAAUCGACUGGUUUGGCGAUGGGAGCUUCUAUCUGCUGCAUACACCAGGCCACACUCCAGAACAUAUGUGCGGCCUCGCGAGAGUACAGUCAGAUUCGUUUAUUCUGAUGGGAGCGGACUGUGCUCACCAUCCCGGAGAGUUUCGACCCACCAAGCAGAGUCCUAUUCCGGAGAUCAUUCAACCCUCCCCUUUGCCGUCUCAUCCGCAGUACGGGACAGUCUGUCCUGGUCAUAUAUUCGCCCAGCUAGGGUACAAGCCAGGAAGCACCGAUACGCCUUUCUUCAUACCUGCUCCAGACUAUACUCAUGACUUUGAUGAGUGCUGUCGGUCAGUAAAUGGAAUAGCGGAAUUCGACGCUAGUGAGCAGGUUCUGGUCCUUAUUGCUCAUGACCACACCAUGCUGUCCAUCUUCAAGGGCGAGGAGGAUGGUGAUAAUGGCUGGUUCUUCCCGAAGAGAUCAUUGGAUAAGUGGAGGGAGGCUGGAUUAAAGAAUAAGGGGAAGUGGCUGUUUUUGGAAGAUUUCGAGGUCCCUUCUACUGAGAGUUGA